CCAAGAACUCAGGGACGGGACCCUGUCAUGUUUCACUGACUGACCCCUCCCGACCGGCGAAUGACAAGUGUGCAUCCGAGGGUGGGGCUUGCCUCAGUCUCUCAUGAUUGGCUGCUGGAUGGAAUUAAGGUGAAUGGAACACAUGCCCAAGGAGCAGGACCCUAACCCAUCAGAGGGAGAAGAGAAACGGUGGCUCAAUGGCCCGAAAAGGAAGAGGAAGAACAGCCAAUGUUCGGUGAAGAGUAUGACUGGGUACAUCCCCAGCUACCUCGAGAAGGAUGAGCCAUGUGUGGUGUGUGGUGACAAGGCCACAGGUUACCACUACCGCUGCAUUACCUGCGAGGGCUGCAAGGGUUUCUUCCGUAGGACCAUUCAAAAGAACCUCCACCCCGCCUACUCCUGUAAGUACGAUGGCUGCUGCAUCAUCGACAAGAUCACCCGCAACCAGUGUCAGCUCUGCCGCUUCAAGAAGUGCAUUGCAGUGGGCAUGGCCAUGGACUUGGUGCUGGACGACUCAAAGCGUGUUGCUAAACGGCGUCUCAUCGAAGAGAACAGGGAGCGACGCAAGAAGGAGGAAAUGGUGAAAACCCUCCAGAACCGUCCAGAGCCCACGGGGUCCGAGUGGGAGCUGAUCCGCCUGGUGACAGAAGCCCAUCGACACACCAAUGCUCAGGGCGCCCAGUGGAAACAGAAACGCAAAUUCCUGCCAGACAAAAUUGGCCAGUCCCCCGUUGCCCCGACGUCAGACGGAGACAAGGUGGACCUGGAGGCCUUCAGCGAGUUCACGAAGAUCAUCACUCCUGCCAUCACCCGUGUCGUUGACUUUGCCAAAAAACUGCCCAUGUUCUCUGAGCUGCCUUGUGAAGACCAGAUCAUCCUGUUGAAGGGCUGCUGCAUGGAGAUCAUGUCGCUGCGAGCUGCUAUGCGCUACGACCCAGAGAGCGAGACGCUAACGCUGAGCGGGGAGAUGGCGGUGAAGCGCGAGCAGCUGAAGAACGGCGGGCUGGGCGUAGUGUCGGACGCCAUCUUUGAUUUGGGCAAGAGCUUAGCGCAGUUCAACCUGGACGACACAGAGGUGGCCCUGCUGCAGGCCGUGCUGCUCAUGAGCUCAGACCGCUCCGGGCUGACCUGCGUGGACAAGAUCGAGAAGUGCCAGGAGACCUACCUGCUGGCGUUUGAGCACUACAUCAACUACCGCAAGCACAACAUUCCCCACUUCUGGCCGAAGCUCCUGAUGAAGGUGACAGACUUGCGGAUGAUCGGGGCGUGCCACGCCAGCCGCUUCCUUCACAUGAAGGUGGAGUGUCCCAACGAACUCUUCCCGCCUCUCUUCCUGGAGGUCUUUGAGGACCAGGAGGUGUGAAACUCAGUUGCCACCACGCAAAGGGAAGCGGAAGUUUGGGGCAAACUGGGAGAUGGGAAGGGCCAUCAUGUUUAAUGGGGGAAGGAUGGAGGGAGAGUCCUCUUGGCAGGAAUCUGCAUUUCUCCGACAUCGUAUUCACAGUUUUGUGGUUUAAAAACUGGAAACAACAAAAACAGAAACAACACACCAGCAACAGGAGUCAAGCAAACAGAGGAUUUUGUUUUUUGAACACCCUCUCCUCCACCUCUUUCUCCUCCUUAUACUUACCCCUGUUUUAAAAUCCGUGUGGGGGCCCUUCUGUCUGAGCAUGAUGUCUUAUCUAGUAAGAGUUGUAGCCAUUUGCCAAGACACGUACACAAAUACACACAGCACAUGCACAUACACACACACACAUACACACACACAGCCGCAGCCUGUUCCACCUCAGUUCCUCAGAGCAGCGCUCUUAGCAGGGGUCCACCCCCCCUCUCUGGUUCUUUGUAGCGGUCACAGAUACACAUCUGUUUUGAAGCCCGUGUUUCCAGCUCCCAUGCUGGCCAGCACCUCACAGUAUUAUUUCUGAAUAAGUGUUAAGGCAGUAAUUCAGAAAAUAUGGACAAUAGUGACAUAUUAUUGCUCACAGUCACGCAAUCAGCAGACACUGCACAUUGAAAUUUCAGCAGAUGCUUUUUGCAUUACUCUGGUGUAUAAUUGCUGUAGUGAAGCAGAGCUACCAGACCUACUUAUUUUCAAUUCCUCAAAUCAAUCUGAGCCGUUACAGCUGUUUUUGGAGCUUCUUCUUUUUAGAUCCCAGUGAAACCGGUGCUAUAUUUAUACAAGGCUACUCCAGUUUUAUGAAAUUGUGUUGUCUACCUUUGAAAAACGUGCAGACCAUGGCUCCAUAUCUACC